GUACUCGAUAAUAAGGUAAUUAUUUACGAAUAACAAUUAGUAGUAUGUAGACAUAUAUUUGUAUAGGAUUAGUCGUAUAGAAUAGAAUGGGAGAGCUUUGACUAGACUGUGUCCUUAAGUAGCAACGCGAUUAUCGAGCGAUACGACACUAGGGGGCGAAAUACUCGAACCAGAAGCAUAGUAUGCGUACGGUGGUGGUAGAAAGGGGCGCGGCGAUUGGUGGCACAGCCCUGACGCCGGGUCCCGUAGCGGUGGGCAUGCCUGUGGAAGAUGGAAGGCGCUCGAGCCGAGUAGUUUAGUCGCCUUUAACCGGCCUUAAAGUGAAGAUCGGGUCGUCGCCGAUUGCCGUGCGCGUGCACAAGAAAGAGAGAGUUAGAGCCACCGGCUUAUCGUACGGAUCGCGCCGAGAAUGAAAUUCUUUCUUUGCUUGGUAAAAUAUAGCAGCAGCAGUAGUAGUAGCAGCAGUCCUUCGUUGUACGACAGUCUCGAUAAUAAAAGAAAACGAGUGGAACGUUCGUGGCCAAACGACAGUAGUACCGGCGGCUGCAUCGCCUGAACGAAUUUUCUCGUCGAUAAACACAACACGACCAUUUUCCACGCGUUCCGUCUGCUACGGGCAUAACGAAGAAAAUCGACGCCGUUCUUUCUUUCAUUAUUUUUCGUCCUUUUUGUUUAUAUAUAGUUUGUCGCUCAGUGCCGCGUAAUAGUUCUGUUUCGCGAGGCUCAUCCAUCAUUCGAGACCGGGCCAAACAGAUUCUAUAGACAACGCCAUAUAGAAGAAAAAGAGGCGGGACGCGCCUAAGUUUGUUUUAUUGGUUUAGUUUCUAGCGCGAGACUCGAACUCGCGCCAAAGUGUGUUCCACAGUGGAGGAUACUAUCUAUCUUUUGGGUUACAACGAUAGGUGGCCGACAGGCGAAAUGCCGGUGCCGGUUUGGGACUGCUCUGACCUGGGCCUGUUAGGCGAGCCCCUGGACACUGCGACAGUGGUGUCCGACGACAUAUGGAAGAAGUUCGAUCUUCCGGACUUCUUCUCUAUAGAUCACAGAAUGGACGCCUACUCGGAAAUGUAUUACGAGCGCACUUUCGACGAUGGCAUGUUGCCGGAUCCGCAAUACGACAAGACGACCUGCCUGUCUCGAGAGAUACGUCAUCACGACUGUAUGUGGGCAGGACUAUGCAUCAGUAAAGAGCACAACAGAACGUUGCCUGCGAAGAAAGACUCGCUGAUACAGAAAAAGGUGCCGGCUGGUCGAAGCGUUUUGAUUUCACGAGCAAAUACCGCUUAUAUAGGGAAUUCGUUGGCAGUGAAUCAGCAACAGGCCCAGCAACUGUGCCGUGCAAAAAAUCUGGAGAGCGACGGCGAAUCCACUAGGCCAGAAACACCACAAAGCUCCAGCUCCGAUACAGAAACAGAGGACGAAGGUCCGUUCUUUAGACACGACCAGAUCAACAUACACGAGAAAUUAUCCGAGUGUAUAUCGGUACCAGCUACCAAGACCGUACGAGUAAGCCAGAAUAAGCGAAAGACCGGUCGACGUGGCAGAAGGAAAGAGCAGGAUCAGUGUCAAGUGCAUAGAGAGACGAAUAUUAGGAAUACUCUCAGCGACCAUUGCUAUCACUUGAAUCAAUCGUUCAGCAAAAAUCUAGAACACCUUGGAGUGCAGACACCUUCCGAUUCCGAAGAGGAAGAGAUCGACGUGGUAAGCUUCGAUAAACCGUGCAGACCAGCGGUUUUACCAACGAAUCCAAGCUUGGCCGACCAGCAACAUUUCCAAUUAACAGUUAACACCGCGUUCAAAGAGAAACCCCCGGGUUCGAGACCUCGUGGUCGACCUCCCUCGAACCCAGCACGGAAAAGAGCUGCCCAGGUCGAGCAGAGGCCAGCGAAACGAGCUCGUCACAGGACAUGUCAGAGGAGAAACAAGGUAGGACGCACCAUGUCAUCGUCUACGUCCAUAUCAUCUUCACCUUCGAUGAGGUCAACCACGUCGAGAAGUUCCUCGGAUGAUGAAUUAGACACUGAGAAGAGGAGAGAACAUAACAACAUGGAACGUCAAAGGCGGAUAGAGUUACGAAACGCGUUCGAAGAGCUACGCGUUCUCGUGCCAGCUGUUGAGAAAAAGGACAAGGCACCGAAAGUCGCGAUUCUCAGGCAAGCGUCUGCAUAUUGUGCUUUGUUGGCUGCGAACGAUAUAUCGUAUACUGCCACGGUGACGGAAUUAAGGCGGCAACAGGAGAAGCUUCGAGCAUCGCUCAGUUAUCUAAGGAGGAGUCUCGCCAUGACGCGCUGAGGGAGAGACUCUGAUCGAAUUUAAUCCAACACAACAACAAAAAAAGAAAAAAAAGAAUACUUUGCUCGGAACGUUUUGGAGUCGAACUUGUUGUUACCCUGGUGGAUCGAUGACAAAAAUUGGUCACUCGGCGUUUCGAGAUAGAACGUGAUUAUGGAAAAUAAAUGCCUUUACGCAAACGAGAAAAACCGCCUACCUUGUCUGUUUGGCUCUGGCUAUUCACCUUCGGUCGCGCGGCUGACGAGGGCAAAGAAGGCACUUCAAACAGCGCAUUCAGGAGAACCAGAAGUGCGCUGUUUGAAGAGACAUAGAAGAGCCUGGUCCAAUCAUCGACAAGAGAAAAAACGCUGUGUUGUGGUUCUGUGAUUCACUUGGGCGGAUAUGGAUAAACCGAAUCUUUGAAAAUCUGUUUUACCAUAGAAGAAACAAGUAUAUAUAUAUAUAUGUGUAUAGACACUUUUGCGUGAGAACAAAGAGAAAGUUAGACCGAAGGGAGAAUCGAAGAGUGGAUGAAGAGUGAAUGCGUAUCGAGAACGAAGAAGGAACACUGUUCGCGUCGAAUCGGCAUCAAGCGUUGGAAGAAAUCGAAAGAAACGAUACAAAGAGCUUUGAAAAGAAUAUUUAUACGUAUAUAUAUAUUUGUAGGAAAGAUAUUUCGAAUGGCGAGUUACUAAAGAGAGGCGGGGAAUUGGUCGUAGAUUGCUUUGUCCAAAUUCACGAAGUUAUCUAUGAGAACGUAAAAUUGAGUUUAGCUAGUUUAAAGAGGAAACGUUAUCGACAAUAGAUCUUCAGUUUUUUGUUUUUUUUCUCUCUCUCUUUUUUGUUAACACAUGUACAUAUUACAGUAAGAAAAAAUUGACGAUUCACGAGGCUGAAUCGCCGCGAAUAGCGUCAAUUCCAUUUUUUAUCCUUCGAAUUCUCGAUCAGUGUCAUCUUUACGCGUUAUAGAGUAUCGACUAAGACCGGUUUCCGAGCUAGGUAAUGUUUUAUAUAUUUUAGAGAAAAUAUGUUUUACGUUCAUGAAGAUAUUCGAAACGUUCGACGAGAUCGAACGACGGCCACGCAAUCCGCUAUUUAUCACGCAUUUUUUGCGCGUUUCUGCACGUUUUGUAUAACACGCUCGUAUACACACGAGUUUUUCUUUUUCACACGAGUAAAACAUGCAUUUAGACGAGUCGAGACAAAUCCGACGAGAGAAAGCCAAAAAUGAACAAGACUACGAUUGUUAUUAAUAAUAGUCUCGACUGUAUUGGAUUUCGAAUCGGCCUCGAAUCGUUCGAUAUCUCGUCGUUGUUUGGAAUUUCGUUCUGCGAUGCGAAAUCCAUGUACGACGAAGGAAAACGAGGCUUAUUAUCGAACGUUAUCCGACGUUAGUUGCACCGGUUCCGAACUAACUGGUCUUAGGACGCAUUUCAAAGCUGAACCGGUUUCUAGGUAUAUCUUUCAUUUUUAGGAAAUGAACGAGAAAAAGAAUAAUAUAGGAAAGAAAGAAGAGUGGGAAGCACACGCAGGUUCUUUUUCCAAAACUCGUAUCGAUAAAUCAAUAAAGAUACGAGAGAAAUAGCUGCUUGAAUUUUACAUCAACGAUUUUGUAUCGAAUAGUCGUGAUAAACCUGUAGUUUGACAAGUUGCCAUUUAAACUUGCACAAGAUGUUCGCCUUGUAAUUACGGUACUGGUAUUGUGUCAUUCGAUCGAAACGAAAUUCGUACAGAUUCAAAUUCAGAGACAAAUUCGAACGAGUUUUGGUAAUUGAACGAGUGCAAUGCACGAACUACGCGUGUGACUAUUCAGAACUGUUAUAUUCCUCGCAAUCCUCGCAAUUUCACGUUGUUUGAAAGGUUUCAAGGUAGAAAUUAUAGCAAGUCUCAUUAAUAUUAUCUCAUAUGAUCGAGCAAAACCGUCGAGAUCCCGAAAUCCCGAUGAAUGUGUUCCAAAGAGAGGCGUGUUUCGCGUUACGGGUAGGAAACGCGUGUUCGACAAUGCCAUUCAACAUGGAAAAAGAAAAACCAUAGAUGACUGGUCCGUUAACAAUACCUAUUCACAAAUAUUUUCUUUAUCGAAUUCCAUUGUUUUCUCCGUUGCAAUCUCGCGUUGUUUUUUUUUUUUUUUUAACAGCGUCGCUAAUAGUAGUUACUUACCGAUCGAUUGAUGAUCGCUGUGCGAUCUUUACGUUUUUCGACGUUUCACGCCUUCGAUAGCAUGAAUCUAAACGCGUUUUAUAGUAGAGUGAUUGUAUUCUGGGAAUCUUGCAAGUAGGUGAAAGAUCGUAUGAGUCAUAAAACGUGUAGGUAGAGACAGUUUGCACCUAGUACAUACGCGUUAUAUGUAUGUACCGUAGGGCACAGAGAGAAAGUCAUAGACAUACACGCAUACUACAAAGAGAUAAUAUUAGAAAUUUAGUCCGGGUACCUUACACACACACAUAUUCCGUUUUUGUUACGAAUACAUCAGAUGCAUCUUCAUUUCGGAUCAUUUCGGUACGCGUAACGAUAUUAGCGAAGUUCGGGUUUCGAGUCGAAGUCCUGUCUGUCUUUUCUCUACCUUCUUCCUCGUUCUUCUAAUCCGGCUAUGGCGCAAAACGGAUACAAACGCGACAAAAACCUCGUAAAUGGUAGUUUUCGUCUUUUUCUUCGCGCCUCUGUUUCCUUCUUUCCGCCGAUAUUUCGCGCAGAUAAACACGAAGAUCGACGAAGCACACCGACCUUCGUAGCUGAGCGCCUAUUCACAUGUGUUCAGAUUUUAUAUAAAAAUGCGUUAGAACUCUUUAAACUGGUGCAAUAAGAGACACGAAAGAAUAUUACCUUCGUGGUAGAUCGUUAUUUUGUUGUUAAACGAUCAUCGGGACUUGGUUCAUCCGAGAAAGAAGUAGACAGGGCGCUGAAACCUGGAGACUAAGGAUCGAAUUGUUCACUUCCUUUAUUCUCAUCCUUCUAUUAAUUUUCGUUUUUAUAAUACGAACGAUCGAUCCGAUAUCUGUGCUCGUUUUCGAAGCUUUUCUACGGCUGAGAAACGUCGAGUUGGAAAAGAAGAGACGUCGGAUCUCGCGCUAUCGAGAGAUUGUAAAUGUCGAAGAGAAAACUAACCUCGAUUAGCAUGUUUUCAUUUUUUUUGUCUUUAGGACUUUUUGUUUUCGUUCGUACACGAUACACGUUCGCUAAGGUGGAUGCUGAACAGCAACACACGGUUUUAUAACAGAAGAAGGAAAUCUUUUUUAUCUGGUUAAGAUCCGUGUGGAAUACGCUUUUUAAACGCGUGUAAAUAAUGUACAUACAUAUAUAGGACAAUAUAUAAACAUGCAUAAAUAAUACAUAGCCAUGUAUGCAUGUACAUUGCAAAUUAUAGACGCUGAGGCGUGUAAGUACGUAAGGUAGAAAGAAAAAUAGAUCGAGAGGGAGGGACAAAGCUUGGGUGGGAGAAUACUACUACUACUAUUACUACUACUACUACUACUACUACUACUACUACUGCUACUAUUACUAAUUAUUAUUAUUAUUAUUAUUAUCAUUAUUAUUAUGAUUAUAAUCAUUAUUAUUAUUAUUACUACUACUACUACUACUACUAUUACUACUACUACUACUGCUACCACCAUCACCACUACUACCACUACCACUACUACCACUACCACUACUACUACUAUUACUACUACUACUAUUAUUACUACUACUACUACUACUAAUUACUACUACUACUACUAUUACUAACUACUACUACUACUACUACUACUACUACUACUACUACUACUAUUAUUAUUAUUAUUAUUAUUAUUAUUAUUAUUAUUAUUAUUAUUAUCAUUAUUAAUAUGUUUCAUUAUCACCAUUAUGCUAACUAUUAUAAUUAUAAUUGUUACGAGUUUUAGUUAACAAGUUUUUCCUAGCAUUUCACUGCUACGAUAUAUAAAUAUAUAUAAUAUAUCGCAUGAUGAUGAUAAUAAUAACGACGGAAUUUUAGAGACGGGAAAAAAAGAGAUGGAUAGUAUAUCACACGGACGAUGAGAAACUGGAUCGUUCGUGUAAUGUUUAAUUGAUUGCGGACGCGCGAUCUAUAUAAUUAGAUUACGUUGUUUGGCGACGAUUUAGAUUUAGAUGAUCGGCAACAGAAAUGAGAAAAGAAGAUAUAUUAUGGUAGGAAUUAUAUUAUAUUAUAUAUUACGAUGAAAAAAUAUAUAUAAAUAUAUGUCUAUGUAUACUGUAAUUAACAGAGAAGAAAAGCAAAUGGAAAGAAAUCGAGACGAUUAAAAUAUUAGUAAUAUACGGACGUGCAUGAGAGAAAGAAAAAAAAUACGUCGUUGUCGCGGCCGAUCGCGGAAAUAUACCGGAAGACGUGUUUAUAGAGAGAGGAGCGAGUGCAGUGCCCUCGCGAGGGGAGAUAAAAGAAAAUAUAGAAAAGGCAAAAUAAUGUGUUCAUUACAAUUGUAGGUAACAGUAUUCGUUUAUAUACAUACUUUUUACGGGCUAUAUUGAAAGAAAUAGAAAAUGAUAAAAAAGAAAAAAAAAUAUAAAGAAAUAAGAAACGGUAAACGGAGAAGUUAUAGCAACGACCGGAAGAAACAAUCUUUCGGUAGAUAAGCUUUUUUCACAUAUACGUACAUGCAUACGUACCUUUAUGUACACACGAUAUACACACACGUACCAUAUAUACAUAUAUACUCCCUCUCCCAUACAUAUUACAAACGUACACAAUUUGUAUUACACGCAAAUAUUCUAAUGACUACACCUUCGCGUACGUAUUAUGCACUACGCGUGCGUAUACACGCGCGAGUACGAACGAGUUAAUAUCGUGAACGGAUAUACUCGGAGAGGAGAGAGGGCUGCCAGUGAGAAGAACGCACGCUCUCUCUACAAUGUCGGACGAAAAUUAAAGAGGGAUUGAAAAGUCGCGAUGACAGCAUGGUCGGGAGGGACUCGAGGGGUAAAACUGAUUGACCGACACAGGACGGACGCGUACGAAAUGCAAAGACGUAAAGAGAUCGGCCUCUUUGGGAAUCUACGUCCGAAAGCGUGUGCACGUGCAUCCGGAAAUAAUGUUUCGACGUAUUCGUCAUUCCUCGCUCGGCGUUGUAAUAUACGAUCGCCAACACGCGUGUAUACGCACGCAUAUGUACAUAUACAUUUUAUACACCACACCUAAUAAUACCGUGCAAAUAGCUCAUAUACAUGUACGGACAGAUCGCAUACGAGACACGCGGCAAUCACCUAUACACGCAUACGAAUACAGGUUAAUUAAAGACUAAUCGACGAUACGACCUGAAACCUGAAUCGCAACCCAAGUGCUUCAAAUUUAUAUAGGUACAUAUUAAUCGCGGUAAUAAUGCAGUUCGGAACCACGGGUGGAACGCAUUUUUUUCGGCUGGCGUAUAUUAAAGUAGAGGAGGGUGAUGUAGAUUCAAUAACGUCGAGGAGUUAGUUUCGAAGGGUAGUCGAAGGGACUUGACUUGAAAUCCCUUGUUUCUUUCGUUCUCGAGCGGUUCAAUCGUGUUCUUUUUAAUUGUUGCUCCAAGUAUGAAAGACAUACGAGAUCCUUCGCGUGUCUUUCGGAAGAGAUUUUUCGAAAUGAGUAUCGGAACGAGUACGAUGACGUUGAAGUCUAGUUUUAUGAAAAUCUAUCUGUAAAGAUAGUCGAAAAAAACAUUUUUACCUGUACGCUUUACAUACAUAAUGACCGACGACGUGGCUUUACUCGUCGAAAAAUAAAAGAUAAGAGAAGAAGAAAAGAAAGUUUUUACGUAGGGAAAUAUGACUAGCGACUCACCGUAGGAAAAAACGAGAUAAUAUUUGAAUACCGAACGAAAUAUGCACAAAGGCCUUACAAAUCGAAUCACAGUUUCGACGUUCUUACACCCGCGACAUUUUCUAGGCGUAGCUCCCGUACUAUUUUUGACAGAUUUUUUAUACGUUUAACCCUGCGGUCGCACUGACGAUAAUUAUUAAAAAAAAAAAAAGAUUUACGCGAUUACAGGAACUAUUAUUAUAUUAUAUUAUUACCGAAUGGAAACAAUAACAAAACCAGAAGACUAAGAAACAUUAGAAUGGAGGGAGAAGAAGAAGAUAAAACAUGGAGGAAAUGUUUUUUAUAAACGAACGAAGUGGAUUAGUUAACGAAAACGGAACGUUGUUCGCAUACUCAGGAUAAUAAUAAGAGGCGCCUUAAUUUUUAACCGUACUAAGAAAAACAAAAAAACAAAUUUGGUCUCUGGGAAUCUUUUCGUACUACAUCAUAUAUUUUACGUGUACAUAAGAGAGAAUCAGGGAAUGGAGUAAAGAAGAAGGAAAUAUAACGUUCCUCUUCCUCUGCGCGUCAAAAUUUCGUCGAAGGAGGCUCGCGUUUUGAAUUGGGCUCGCGUUUUGAAUUGGGCUCGCGUUUUGAAUUGGGCUCGCGUUUUGAAUUAGACUUGCGUUUUGAAUUGGUUUAGAGUUUUGAAUUGGACGGGCGUUUUGAAUUGGGCGCGCGUAUGCAUUGCGCAUGCGCAAAUUGCCACUGAUCGAAUAACGAAAUAGGAUGACAGACAAAAAAGAGAAAAAGAAUAGUGUAGCAUUAUAUCGGUCACGGUUUUGAAGUUCUUCCGCUUUUAACGAAGAUGAGAAAUUCGUUAGUUUGAUGCGACGAAAUGAAACUCUACUAUAUCAACUCAACUCAUACUGAAACUCAACUAUAUAUAUAUACAUAUAUAUAUAUAUAUAGCAUUAUGUAUAAUAUACAUACCUCGCAAUAGAUUUCGCCUUCGCAAGACGGUAGCCUUCUCGUCACGCUAAAUAAUAAAAUAGCGAAUCCCCGUUUUAUAGCAGCUCUCUGCUUUCUUUUUUCUCGACUUUUGCUCGUGUGUCCGACCUGUGAGUUCUUUAUAUUGUGCCAAAUUAUGAGAGAAGGGAAGGUGGAUCAAGAGAAAGGAAAAGGAAGAAAGAGGAAUCAUAGUUGCAGAUUUAACAGAGCGUUAUUUUAGCCGAAUUUAGUCCGAUGCGUUUAGACUGUCCAUUAGUUAGAAAAGAACGACUAGCUUAUCUGUUUUUUCUUUCUUUCUUAAUAUUUAUCCGAACAUGUAGCUCAAAAUACAAGGGACGCCCUUUACUAGGGUCGGUUCUCGUUGUACACGCUUUUUCCUUCCUUUCCCUUUUUCCUGUUCUUUUAUUUAGUUUUAUUCUCCCGUAUCUUUUUCGUUUUUCACUAUAGAUAUACAUAUAUACGUCGGAGAUGAAAAUAUGUAUAUUUUUUUCGUUUCUCCCUUCGAUCGACUAGAAAAUAUCUCUAGGCCUUCUCUCGACAAAGACAUUUCUUCGAAAAUUGCUCAGAGAGUGACCCUUGCUGUUGGAUCGUGGAAACGUGCUUUUUUUCUCGUUUGCGAUCUCUUUCCCUGCUUCACGAUUCCCCCCACCCCCCCUGGUUAGUCCAUGCGACGCUUUUUAUCCUAUGAAUUGUCGUUCGGGACGAUAGCCGACCGGGUACACGCGUUAAUUGAGGCUUGGAGGAACGGAGAGCUAUUUUCCUCCGUUUCUUUUCUUAUAUAUAAGAUAUAAAUAUGUAUGUAUAUUAAAAGAAAAUAAUAUUAUAUACGUCUUCGUGAUUUUACAUAAUGAUACUUGCGCGUUUAUCCGCGGGGUUCAGGUUCCAUCGUUUCGAAUGUCGGUGUGAAUUUUUACGCGCGUUUCUUGAUCAUGCGUCCCGGGACGAGCCGGGGUUGAAAGCUUUAGAGAUCAAGGCACGUUGUUCGAAAUCUUCGAAAAAUUUUAUGCAAUCCCCCGCGACAUAUCGCAAAUCGUGUCUGUUAACAGCCAGCGGAAGCCUGACAGUAAAAUGACAGAUGUCGCGAGAACGAUAUUUUCGGUGAAUUUGAAACGAACGUAUCGGGAGAGGGGCCGAGAAGUAGUAGUAGAAUUUAUUUAGCAUUUUUAAAGAUUAUGAACUAAUAUAAUAUAAAAGAAAGAACAAUGUUGCGAGAAAUUAACACGUUCCCCCGUUCUUUUACGGCGAUAUUGAAGAGUGCAAACGUACCUGCUAGCCACAUAGACAUUAAAAAUAAUAAUAAUAGUUAAUUGUGUAAAGGAAAGGUGUUAUGUACGAAAUAUUACGCGUUUGUAAACGACACGCAUCGACGUAGCUUUAGCUUAAGAAAGGAUAAGGCAAUUAUAUACUAUUAUAAAAUACUGUUAUCAUUGUAUAAUAACGACUCGACGUGGCGCAUGAGAUUCGCCUCCGACAUACAGUUCUGCGUUCUGCGCCAGGAUCAAAUACGUUGUAUUUUCUUUUUUCGUUUUUCUCCUUUUAUUCUUUCAUUUUAUUUCAACAAUUCGAGAUACACACGCAUGAGAAUGAUUAGAAUAAUUGAAUUUGCGCGUUUACCCGGAUCCAGCGAAUCUCGCGUCCACGGUGUUUCCUUUUUGUAAAUUUUUUUACAUAUACACGCGUGCAGUGCAGUCGUUAAUUAUAAAAUACGUGCAUAGAUGCAGAGAACGUCCCCUCCUCCAAAUGCAACAAUAUCGUGCUUACACGAUUACGCAUUCUAUCUUUUUUCCCGUGUUCUCUUUGUUUAUUUUUUCCCUCGUUUUAUACCAUAUUUUUUGUUUCGUUUGAUUUAUGACGUGCGGUAAACGUCACGUUCGCUCAUUCUUUUUGCAAUGCACGCAUAAACAAUGCCACAAGAACGACUUUACCGCUGUGUAUGUCGAUACGAAUGUGUAGAAAACAAGAAAAAAACAAUUAGCAAAAACUGAAUAGUAAAAGCAAAUGAGUGAAUGAGUGAGUGUGUGAGCGAUUGAACGUGUGUGUAAGAGAACGAAUGGUAAAAUGCGAGAGUGAGACUGAACGAUUCUGAGAUGGAGUAUUUUAUGUAUGUGUAUAAGUAAAGUACAUACAGUUUGCUAUUGAGGAACCGCGUAUCACGUUGUAUCAGACCUUUAAUAUUUUUAAAGGUAAGAACGUGUGUCAGAGAGAACGAAAGAGAGGGAUGAAGAGAAAAUUCUGGUUGCGCGUGACGAAUCCAUUUUUUCAGGGGAGGGGGAGGGGAUGGGUUCUCGACGAGAAUACUUAAAAUAUAACAUUAGGUUUUUUAUUCAAAGCAAAACAAUAUUUUUUAUUUAUCCCUUUAUUUUUAUAUGACGUUGCUACUGGAAACCGUCUCAUGAGCGAAAAGAAGGGGUGAAUGGGAAAGAAUGACAGAAAUCGAACCAGAAGAUGGAGCGAAUGAGACAGAAAGGGUUUAAUUAUGUCGACGAACGGGUGGUAACCAGAGCUACACAACGAAAUGAACCUUUCUAUAAGUUGGGGUAACGAGAGGGGAUCGUAUAUAUAAUCCGGGAUGAAAUAGGAGUAAAGGAAACAUAAAGGAAAAUAAAUUGGGAACCCCUAUACACAGAUUUUUGAACUGCGAUAUUCAUGUUAUAUUAUAUUAUAUAUAUAAUAUAUAUAUAUUAUAUACAGAUAUAGACCGAUAGAAUCUCUUAUUUUUGCAAGAAAACCAGAUUCCCGAAAAAUAGAAAAAAAAAGUAAAAAGGAAAAAAAAAAUACUGAAAACUACGUUCGUCGUUACGCGACGGAGAAGACGAAGGACGUUUCUCGAAAUCAUUUUUCCCUUAAUAUAGACACAUUUUCUUUUCAUAUUUCAGUCUUUUGACGCCUUGUAUCUUUUCUAUUCUAUUUUAUUUUAUUUUAUUACACCUUUUCUUUCUUCGGUACCGAGGCAAUAAAUUUCAACGUUAUUUUAUUCGUUGUUCCAACUCGAUGAAUUUUUUCCGUAUUCUAACGAAACCAAAAAGGGCGCGUCCUUUGCCUUCUUGGUCGCGUUUAAUUCGACGGACGCGCACCACAGAGACUUAGCCGCUUUAAACCGGGGGUGGCGUACGUUGGAAUUUCGUCUCGAUUCUCGCGACAUUCGACGACACAAGCUUUCUACGUAAUCAUGAUAUUUUAAAGAACCAAAAAAAAAAAGGACAAAACGACAAAAAAAAUGACGACGAUAAUGAUGAUAAGAAACAGCGUAAAGUGUAAAUCGAGGGACCCUAUGUUCCGACCGUAUGAGAUAAAGAUCUCGCUUUUAAAGGAAACGCUUAUAUGAAUAAAAAGAACGUGGAAAUUUUGUUCUCCCUUUGAGAGGGUGGAAAAGCGCGAGUUUUAUAUUACAGAGGAUUUGGUCCUGCUAGAGGACAGGUGGGAAAGUUCGUGACAGACAGUAGGUAGAUAUAAUCGUAUAGGAUUUUUGCUUACUAACUAUCUAAUUACUCUAUUAUCGAUUAUCGAGCAAUACUGUUAAUAAUUAUUUAAAAACUAUUAACGGUAAAUAACGAUUGUACUACUCACUUGUAAUUGUAUUAUAUGAUAAUAAUAUUUAAUAUAUAAUAUUAUAUAAUAUAUUAUAUUAUACAUUUUAUAUAAUAAUCAUAUACGCAUAUAGAACAGCAUAUACUGUAUAACCUUUUAUCUAAUAAUAUAAUAUAUUAUCGAUAAUAUUAAUAUUAAUUAUUAACGAUAACAAUAUUCGGUAAGGUAUCUGCGUGUAAUGGAUGCUUCUCGAGUUUCGUUUCCACCGAGACGCUUUCCUAGAUUUCUUUUUACGUUUAUCAUACGUACGUUUUAAGGAUUCGUGAUCGGCCGAUCUCGCGGAUAAUAGACGAAGUUAACCGGACCCACCUCCUUUAUUAAAAAUGAGUAAAUAAAUUUAAAAAAAAAAAAAAAAAAAGAGUUCACUUGUACCUAUACCUCGAGCGAUUUGUUGAAUGUAAAGUAGUAAGGGAAAGGGAACGUUAAGAGUUUUAGGAUUUUUACGAUUUUACCGAGAACGAUCGUGAUUGUCGUUCCCCGACAACAUCCGUAUUCCCAUUACCGCCCCCGGUCUCUUUUCUUUUUUUCACUUUUUUCUUCCUCCGGUUGUGUACUGUGAGAUCGGAAGUUGUCGGGGAAUCGUCGAAACGUAAAAGUCACCCCCGUACAAUUACGUAACAUUGACCUUAUAUAAUACAUAAAUACAUAUACGCAUACAUACACAUACACAUACGCAUGUUGACUGGGAGAAAAGGAAAAAGAAAAUGAAGAUGGAACUAUUAACGAUAAGCGAAGCGCAUCGCGAAGAAUUAAGACACGUUUAUACGACAGCACUAUGACGCGAUUAGUGGUGUACACGUACAUGUGUAUACGCAACCCACGUAUUUUAUAUUCCGUGUGCUCGGUGCACCUGUACGUGUAUGCGGCAUAUGCUACAUUACUAGAUAGAAGAUAAUAAAUGAAAAAAGAAUAUUUAUUCCACAAGUUAAAUAGUAAUAUUAGAAGUAAUAUUUAUAUCUCUUUAUUUACUAUUUGCAUAUUAUAUAACGACGUAACCCUCACCAUUUCGGUAGGAUGGACGGGUGGAUUUUGUACGGAAAGAAUGAUACAAAACAAAAGAAACAAAAAAAAAAAAAAAAAAAUAAGGAGAAAGAAACUGAAAGAAAAGCGAGAGAGAGAGAGAGAGAGAGAGAGAGAGAGAGAGAGAGUAGGCAACAAGGAAGAUAUGCUUAUUGGUACUGAAAAAUAGAUAGUAUAGUGUGUGUGUGAUUGGAAAAAGUGUUACAGAGAGAGUGUGAUAGCGAAAGAAAAAACUAAGAAUGAACGAAAAGAAUAGGUUUUGUACUUAAAUUUAAAAGAAAAGAAGAGAAAAAAAGGUCAUUCGCGUACGUAACACGCUUCGUUUUCGUUUCUUAUUUUGGUUCCGUUUUCGUCGACGAGAGCGAUCUAUAUAGAAAUAUAUUAUUGUACACGAACGAAAUUGUUCCUUUCUCAGCGGCAUUGCGUCCGUUUUCCAGGCGUUGUUGGUGAUCGACGAUCGUUUUUGGUUAAGUCGAAAUGAAAAUGGAUCGUGCUCGAUGGUUAUCGUUUAGUAAUGAAGUUGUACGACGGCAAUAUAAGUUUGAGUGAUAUGCAUAUUAGGAAUUUUUGGUUUUUUGUUACAUUAGUGGUCAGCUGCGAUAAAUUAGGCGAAAAGAAAGUCUUUGAUGUUUCUUUUUUUCAGGAAAAAGAAUGAAACAGUUCCUUGACAUUUAUAUUUCGAAGUAUCUUAUUAUAUCAAUAAAAAUAUUAUCAUUUAUCCGAAA